GAUUUAUCGGAAUUCAAUUCGUUCGUCUCCUCUGCCGCUCGACGGAAGAAGAUAACUGGAUCUGGCGGGAAAUUAGAGCUCUUCGCAUUGUCCUGACGGUAUCGAAGGGUGUACAGAUGAAAUCUCAUAGCCAAUCGGAAUUUAAAGCAGUUAUCUAAUAGCCACAGCUUUCUUUUAUGCGGAUUUGGAUUGUUUAGGUGCUCUGUAUGUUUGUUUCUGGAGUUUGUAUUUGUCGGGUAGGUGUAGGCGGUUGGAGUUGUUAUUCCGUAUACUUCUUUAAAAUGUAAUGGAGAUUUAGCCACUGCUGAAGACUUGGGUUACUGAGCUGUUUUGAUAAUGACUAUUAUACAUACAGAAUGUAUGAUUGAUUGGACACGGGAAUGAAUACUUAGUGGUUCUUGGAAUGAAUGCUUAAAGGAAAAUAUAGGUUCCCCAAGGCUCCAACAAGCUCUAGGCAAUGGUCAGGGUUUAGAAACCCAAGAAUUGUGAGAGUUUCUCGUUCAUUUGGUGGCAAAGAUAGACAUAGCAAAGUUUGUACCAUUAGGGGCUUGAGAGAUAGAAGGAUAAGGCUAUCAGUGCCUACCGCCAUUCAACUCUAUGAUCUUCAAGACAAGCUCAAACUUGGCCAACCUAGUAAGGUCAUCGACUGGCUCCCCGACGUCACCAAGCUCGAUAUCGACAAGCUCCCGCCGUUGCAAAUCCCAACCGGGUUCUCUCCGUUUCACCAACAGAUGCUUUUCCCUCCAUAUGAUCAUCAUCAUCAUUAUUCUUCUUCUUCUUCUUCUUCUUCUUCUUCUUCCCAAUUUUGUAACUCGCUCCCUCCGCCCUUCGCCGUCGACAUGAAAGGCGAUUCUAUCGAGAAAACGAAGAUUUGGGAUAUGGAUUUAGCGUUACAAGGAAAAGCUUCUUCAUUAACCAAAGGGAAGUGGAUUGAUGGAAGUAGUAAUCAACAUGUAGAAGAUUACAAUUUUACACCUUACAAUACUUACAAUUCUUCUCAAUUUGGGAACAAUAAUGGAGUUUUUCCAUCACAAAUUGAGGCUCCAACGAGUUCAUCUUCUGCUUCUGCACUCUUCUUUACACCCUAUGCUUCAUAUAUUACCAACCCAUUUGAAAGCCAUAUCCAUUUCUUGAGCUCAAAUUCCCAUGCUUUGUCCAAUCCCUUUGUGCCUUCAGCUCUCCACCCUUUUGCUUCACAGAACUUGAAACCCUUUUCAGCUGCAAGCUUCAACUUCAAGCAGCUUCUUCAUGCAGCUGACGGUAAUGGCACCGACCGCUCCAAUAAAGAUGGGACGGCUGGUGACUCAUAGAACGCCCGAGGCAGAUAGGGACGGAGCGAGGAAGGAAGGAGAGGAGAAUUAUGUAUCCCUAGUUGUUCAUCCUUGGAGGAAAAAGGUAUUGUAAGCUAUAUUCAAUUAGACAUGCAAUGUAAUGUGUUAAACGCUUUUGGAUUCUUCAAAAUACAAGUUAGAA